GAAGGGACUGAGCCCAUAUAUAAUUGGAGCAAGAAACCCUCGAAGAAGGGAAGCACACAUUUCUCUCACACAAGUCUCCUUCCAUGGAAUUCCCGAAGCAAGCAUCACUAGUCCGAAGCAAGUCCCCUUCAUUUCAAUACCCAACCUCUCAUAAUCAAACUCGGGGAGAGCAGAUACUUCUGUCCUGUCACCCACAACACCCCCUAGCUCUACUCACCUCACCUGACCCUUUUACAUGCAUGGGCUGCAAGGAAUACGGAGCAGGCACAAGGUUCACAUGCCAACAGUGUAACCAUCAGCUACACGAGUUCUGUGCCUUGGCUCCCACCACUCUCAAGAGCCAUCCCCUCCACUGCCAGCACCCACUUGGAUUCUGUUCUAAACCAGUUAAAGGCGGAAUUCUAGGGAAAAGGUGUGAUAUUUGCAACAAGCCAACGGCAGGGUAUACAUUUCGUUGCAGUGCAUGCAGUUUCCAGAUGCACCCUUGCUGUGCAAUGCUUUCUACGGAAAUGACCUUUCCGCUGGCUCAUCCCCACCCCCUAACCCUGAUGCCUGCAAUGACAUUAUCAAGUGGUGAACCUGGUUUCAGCUGUGGUGAGUGCAAAAGAAAGAGGCCAGGGCGGGUGUAUCGUUGCACAGCCACAGCAUGUGAUUACCAUCUCCAUGCAGUUUGUGCUAAGAACAUGGUGAAUGGGCUGCGUGCCAAUGGCGUCACGUGCUUAGAAAAGCCUAGUAUGCGGGGGACUUUCAUAAAGAUUGCAUCCGUGGUUGUUAUGGAGUUCAUUGGAGGACUCAUUGGGGGGCUUGGACAAGGUGUUGGGGAUGUCCUAGGUCAAACUAUGGCUGCAGGGAAGAGCGCUAGUGCAAGAAGAUUGGAAUGAAAAGAGCAAGUAGAAGUUGUUGCUCAGCUCUUAUGUAUGUAUGUAUUUAUGUCCGCACCUGUUUCUACUAGAAGCCUAAAUUUGGAACUGUUAAAUUCAUAGCUGAUGGGGUUUUGAUUAGAGAAGUGCUUGCUGUGUGAAGUAUGUAAAAAAAAUUAUGCUCAAUGGUAUUGUUUCAAUUGUCA